AUGCCAAGUGUGCCAACAUCAAAUACAUCGUUGUCUAAUUUACAACCAAAUACAAAUUCAAAUACAAAUUAUAGUACAUCUGCAAUUACAAAUGAAGCACAACGUUUUGCAACAACUCGUUAUCCUUUUCCUCCGUUUAUUCUUAAAUUCAAUGCUGGAAAAAUUAAUGAUAAAGCAACUAUUGAAGAUUUAAUAAAUUAUAGUAAAAUAAAUUUUUCUUUUGAUCUUGAUUUAGUUGGAUAUAGAACGUCGUCAAUUAGAUGUAAUACUAAUGAAUGUAAUCUCUUGAUUUUUGUUAAAAAUAGUUCUUCUUUUUCUUUUCUUUAUUCGGACAUCAAAUGGCCUGAUCGAUUAUUUAAUGAAACAUUUACCAUUGAUAAACAACCAUCAAUUCCACCACAACUUGCGGUAAUUAUUACAAAUGUUAGUUAUAAAAUUGAUUUUAAUGAUUUUGAAAAUGAAUUAAGAAACAAUUACGCUAAUGUGCUUAAAGUUAUCCGAUUAAAAAAUAAAGAUCAAUAUGAUACUAAAAUUGUCAAAGUCGAAUUUAGCUCUUCUAAAACACGUGAUGAAAUUAUAUUCAAUGGUCAAAUGGUCAUUAAUUAUGUUAAAUAUGAUGUUAAAGAAUAUUUACCACAAGUAUCUAUUCUUAUUUGUACAAAAUGUUUCGGUGUCGGACACUUUCGCAAACAAUGCAAGCAAACAGAUGAUACAUGUAAAGUUUGUAGUGAACGUUGUCCUGAUGUUAAUAAACAUAAUUGCUCUGGUAUUGCUAAAUGUUUACAUUGUGGUGGUGAUCAUUAUUCAAAUGAUAUGAAAUGUAAGGUGGUCAAGCAAUAUAGAGCGGAUUUAACAAAAAUCCUCUUAUCGUCUUCCAACAAGUCGUUCAAUAAUAAUAGGUGCAAUAAUAUGCCCACCUCAACAUCUGAAUUUCCUCCUUUACCACGUCCAACUAAAUCAACUAUUAAUGGUUAUAAGAUGCCUGUAGGUGAACAAAAUGGAAUUAUGACCAAACUGGACCAGAUACUUAAUUCAAUUAACAAUAUUAAUGAUACUAUUGGUGAUCUUGUUAAACGUACUGAACAUAUAGAAGACUGGAUAAAUGCUAAACAAAAAUUCGACUUGAAAAUCAACAAUGGAAUUAGAUCUUUACAACAUGGAAUUUCUCGUCAUGAUGGUGUAUUAUUUAAUCAAACAAAUGUUAUAGAUAAACUAAUUCUCCCUGCUAUGGAUGAUAUUAUGUCAAUGUUAUCGGUGAUGAACGUCAAAGAGGGUAGGGCUUUAAAUGUGGAUUUCGAAUCGAGAGGUGGUGUCUGGAAGAACCAACUCCAAGCCUAUCGUGAAAAAAGACUAUAUUUUUAA